AUGCGUAAAUCAUUUACGAAAGAAAUCUACGAUAAACCAUCAAAAUAUUCAGUAUUUUGUAUCAAUAUCGAUACUCAAGAAAAUUUUGCACAAUACCAGAUCAUUUCCACAGGAAAUUAUGUAUUACAACCCAUUGUUUUUAACAAUUGUGCCCAAAAGUUCAAGAUUCUUAUCAAAUACAAGAAUCCAAAGAAAAUUUGUGAUAGCCGCGACCAAUUUAUGCCCCAGAUACAAUUUUUCAUUGGUAUUGCAUAUUCACUAGCAUUUAUCUCAUGGAUUAUCAACCAAAUUCUGCAUCCACACUUCGUAAUUAGCUUACACACAUCAUUUUUAUUUUUCUGCCUUAUCGAGUCCAUUUCUAACUUUUUUUCUGCAUACACAUGGAACGAAUAUAGCAUUUCCGGCCAUAUUUCUCAAACGUUACUUUCAAUUUCAUCAUUUUUGAAAAUUUUUUCAAAAUUAUUUUUCUUGGUCACCAAUAUUCUUGCAGUUUUCGGUUGGGGGACAUACAGGAUUUCAUUAACCGCCAAAGAAGUACUUAUUUCUAUCUCCACGUCCUGUUUUUACUGUUUUUCCAUUGAAUUAGCCGAAGCAGAGUAUUACUAUCGUAUCGUCAUGGUCUGUAUCGUUGAAAUAGCCGCUCUACUACUUUGCCAUUCAAUUAUGGAUGGAAUUUCCAAUGCUGGGCAUAUUUUCGGGUUAUUUUCAAAUUCUGAUGAGAUUUUGAUGAUGAAAUUGCAGAUGAACAUCAAUUUCAGCUUCCAAAUAUUCUCUAUGUCUAUAAUUAUGACCAUUAUUUCGAGUAUUUUGAUAUUAUUAUCUUCUCCUGCUUCAAUUAUAGUUAUUUUUGAUGAGAUCAUGAAUUUUAUAAUACUAGGAAUCGAUAUGAAGUGGUUCUUCUUUAAUAAAAGCUACGAACCAACAAAAUAUGAUUCAUCUGCGGAAAACCAUUAUAUAGUAGAGACACCGCUUGACAACGAAAUAUAUCUAAUGCAAAGCGAGUAA